CCAACUCCUUAGGUUACAACUCCCCGUUCACCCCUCCCCUCCCCUCCCUAUAUAUUCCUCAUUUCCACCCUUAACACUUCACUCAUUCCUAUUCACUCACCUAACUUUCUCCCCCAUCUCUUUCUCUUCAUCCCUUUGUUCCUCCUUUUCUUCUCACAAUCAUGGGCAAAGUUAAGAUCGGGAUCAAUGGAUUUGGAAGGAUCGGUCGCCUUGUUGCUAGAGUCGCCUUGCAGAGCGAGGAUAUCGAACUCGUUGCUGUUAAUGAUCCCUUUAUCACCACCGAUUACAUGACCUACAUGUUCAAGUAUGAUAGUGUACACGGUCAGUGGAAACACCACGAUAUCAAGGUGAAAGAUAGCAAGACUCUUCUCUUUGGGGAGAAAUCAGUCACCGUUUUCGGUACUAGGAAUCCGGAGGAGAUCCCAUGGGGGGAGGUUGGAGCUGACUAUGUUGUUGAAUCCACUGGAGUAUUCACUGACAAGGACAAAGCUGCUGCUCAUUUGAAGGGUGGUGCAAAGAAGGUUAUCAUCUCUGCACCAAGCAAGGAUGCCCCGAUGUUUGUUGUUGGUGUUAAUGAGAAGGAGUACAAGUCAGAUCUCAACAUUGUGUCCAAUGCCAGUUGCACUACCAACUGUCUUGCUCCCUUGGCCAAGGUUAUCAAUGAUAGAUUUGGAAUUGUUGAGGGUCUCAUGACGACUGUCCACUCAAUCACUGCAACCCAGAAGACUGUUGAUGGACCAUCAAUGAAGGACUGGAGAGGUGGAAGAGCCGCUUCCUUCAACAUCAUUCCCAGCAGCACUGGUGCUGCCAAGGCUGUAGGUAAAGUGUUGCCUGCUCUAAACGGAAAGUUGACAGGAAUGUCAUUCCGUGUUCCCACGGUCGAUGUCUCCGUUGUUGACCUUACCGUCAGGCUUGAAAAGAAGGCCACUUAUGAAGAUAUUAAGGCUGCCAUCAAGGAAGAAUCAGAAGGCAAGCUGAAGGGAAUUCUUGGGUACACCGAAGACGAUGUUGUGUCAACCGACUUUGUUGGUGACUGCAGGUCAAGCAUUUUUGAUGCGAAGGCUGGCAUUGCUUUGAACGACAACUUCGUGAAGAUCGUCUCUUGGUACGACAACGAGUGGGGAUACAGUUCACGUGUGAUCGACCUGAUCCGUCACAUUAACUCUGUUCAGUAAACGUUGUCUAAGAGUUCGUUCUAAAGGGAGGGGGAAGGCUUUGGAUUUUGUGGAGUUGCUCAAUUAUUAGGUCCUGUCAUUAAGAGCAGGGAGCUUUUAUGUUAGCGUUGAGUUUGAAUAAUUGGAGGAUCAUUAUUAGGUUUUUGGAUGAAUUUUUUGUUGGAACACUUUGUAAUUUGUACCCUCCCAUUUUCUUUUUUCAGGGAAUAAUUUUGAAACCCUGUUUUUUCAAUUUCAAAUUAUAAUUUGGCA